AUGAAUGCAAGGAUUAGCAUACAAAAUGCAGUUUUUGGAGAAGGCAUAUACAAUCCAGUAAACCCAAGCCAAACCAAAACAGUAUCUAGUAUCAAAAAACCAAGUAACAAAAAAUCACAAGAAAAAGUGUCAGCUUCUUCUGCGACAGCAACAAAUGUCGCAAAACGAGAUCAAGAACAUUUUAUGCGAGGUCACAAAGUUAAUCAUAGUCAAGGUAUCACAAAAACGGCAUCGCAGCAACAAAAUACGACGGAGAAAAUCGCAGAAAAUCUCCAAAAAAGAAAUCCGGGAGCAAAAGAAGAAAACAACAUACAGAUUUCAAUACCUGGAUGUCCUGUAGAUGGUCAAACUCAGUCUAUGACAGAACAACCUAAUGAUAAUAAAAAGCUGGCUUAUAAAGAUCCGGACGACAAGACAACGGACGAAAAAUCAAACAUUGUAGCUGCUUUACUCCCUACCAUUACAGAUACAUCUGCCAACGCCAAUAAUUCGGCUAUAGAUUUCAAAUCGGACCCUAUCAAUACAGAUACAUCUGCGAACCCUAAUAAUUCAGAUAUAGAUUCAAGAUCGGUCAAUGGAACAGCACUGACGUCUACAGAAGACGAUGAUUUCUUUUCUCUGAUUGGUAGAGCAGAUGGACGUGUUUCAGAAUUUGAUCUAAGUAAUGAUGGAAGUACUACUUUACGAGAUGACAACGCGUCUGGGACAAGUUCUUAA